AUGUCAUCGCUCUUCCAAAUCCCUUACCUACGCGUUCCUUGUUCCAUUCUUACGUCCCAAUUUCCUGAUUCAAGGCAUAUAACAAUAUCGGAAGAUCGAACUGCGGAAAGCGAUUUCAGCAAUAAGCAGCUGGCGGUACUAAAGCCGGCGUCUCAACCAAGAGCCAGAAAAGAGGAGGAGGCUCAGGAGACUCCGUCGGAUCCAAGGCCAGACGGCGCUAUCCUCUCUUCUGAGCCAACUCGGCUAAAUUCGAACGUACUGCCCAAUGGCAAUCACUCCGAUCAAGAGAAAUUUAAGAUGCAAAUGAUCCUGACGUCAAAUCGUGUCGGAACCUUUGAUGAGGCUUUCAAAUCCCGAAUCCAGCUCUCCCUGCAUUAUCCAAAUCUAACCAGCCCCCAGCGCCGCAAGAUUUGGGUAAACCUCGUCAAACGGCUGAAAAGGUUGAAUCAACCAAACACCGACUUUGAUGAUAUCGAGUGCUACAUACCCGAACUGGCUGAGAAAGUCAUGAAUGGACGCCAGAUUCGCAACGCUCUUACCACUGCUCGGCAGCUGGCAGAGUUUAAGAAACGAGAUAUGAUACACUCAGAUCUUAAGCAUGUCAUUGAAGUCGCUUUCCCACCUGCUGUUGGUCCAUCAUCUAAGGAAUCCAUUGUUAACAAUACAUCAGUUGCUGGAUCCAUCAUGCUGUUUCUGUCUCUUUCGUUACCCUCAGAACCUUUAGCUAGCUAG